AUGGCUGGAGGGUCAGGCCUCUCAGUGAGCGACAAGGCUGACAUGUCUGCUGGACUCACUGAUGCAGAUGGCUUCCUCGAUGAUGACUCGGAUGAUGAGAUGUUGAUCGACGACAAGGAAGCUGGCUUCAGGCUUCGCUCCGUUGCUAUCUUGCUCAUUCAUUUCAUGCUCGAAAAGGAGAUCUCCUCUCUCGCAGCUGCGUCGCUGAAAGCAUCACCGUUGUUUCUCCCUCUUCUCCGAGAUCCGGCCAUCGCUUUUAUCUCCACCAGCAGCAGCAGGGAGGAUUGGAUCUGCACUCAGACUGGCUGCGGAAAAGCGAAGGGGAGAAGCUUCAUGGCUGCUGCAGACCACAUCUCCAUAGCCACUCACCUGCAGCAGCUGACGAAAGCAGGCUCCGCCACGAAGGAGUCCCUGGACAAGCUGAACCUCAGCGCGAUUCGCAAGUACGGGAUGUGA